AGUCGCUCAUCCAAUGUCGGGGGCCAUCAAAUCCACGUCUCCAACGAUCUCCACCGCGCGGUCCGUGAAAUCCUCGCCCUCUGUCUCCUCCAUGAAAUCCACGUCCUCUGCGAAAGUCUCCGAAAUGAUCCCAGUUUUGUGGUCCCGGGAAAUGAUGGCCACGACCUCCUCGUCCUCCGCCAAAAUCUGGCCCAAAGCCACGAUUUAGUAGACUUUGACGCGGGUCUCCCAUUCCGGGAAAUCCCGGGAAUUCUGGAUGUCCUUCAAAACUGGGGCCAAAAUGUGCCCGAUUUUCAUCAUUUCGAUUUUCCUUACGAGUUAAUGGCCACAAAGAAAGUCAGAAAACGCAAACCAAGAGCUAUUAUCUGUGACAUUGAGGGCACGACGACAUCGGUUAAGUAUUGGGGCGAAUGUCUGGUGCCGUACAUUAAAUUCAAUACAAAAAUAUGUCUGAAGAGCAGAUGGGAUGCACCACUACUUAUGGAUCUCAUUAAUAAUCUCCGCAUAAGUACUGCCGCUGAUAAUGAAAAUGGAGCCAAUAUUCCCGCGAUCGCAGACACAGACCGGAGCAGAGACGUUAUUAUUGAAACGGUUUCUAAUAAUGUGAUCCAUCAGAUGAAUAAUAGGCGAUAUGGAAAAGCAUUACAACACUUGCAGCUCUACGUCUGGUACUACGGCUACCAAAAGAAUGACUUUAAGGGACACGUGUUUGAAGACGUGAGCCGAGCGUUCAAUCAAUGGCAUAAUUUUCAAAAUCUUAAAGUCUAUGUGUAUUCUUCUGGUGUAUAUCUGUCGCAGAAAUUGUUGUUCUCGUGUUCAGUCAAAGGAAAUCUAACGCCACUAAUCCGAGAUUAUUUUGAUGUCGAAACUUAUGGCUCGAAGACAAGCGGUGAUAAAUUAAAUGCUGCCAAAGGAGUCGGUUGUGAUGUAUUGCUAGCCAUCCGUCCCUUUAAUAGAGAGCUCACAGAAGAAGAAAAGCAAGGAUUGGAUACCAUUGAGAGUUUCGAUGACAUAGCUUUCACUUAAAGUUUAUAAAAUAUGCUAUAAAAUGC